AUGUCUCAUCUCUGCCGGGAUCAGCUCAGCAAACUACAAUUUUUCUUCGCUCUUUUCUAUGAAUCAAUGGAGAUGAUAUUUUCUAUCAAGCUCAAGGUUUUUCUAGUGGUUCUGAUGUUCCAGGUUUUUUCUGCAGCUGCUGAAAUGCCUAAUCCCAGCUCUAUGUGCCGGCUGAGCAGCAGCAGUGAUACCAAGUAUCUUAGGACUGGAGAAUUCAUAGUGGGAGGAAUGUUCCAUAUCAAAGAUGCGUAUAAGCCAUUAAGUUCUCUUCGUUUUUAUGACAAACCACAACACUAUAAAUGUUCAGGAUCAUCAUUCCGACAGUACCGCUAUUUACUGGUUUUCAUUCAUACAAUUGAAGAGAUCAACAAGGAUCCAGAGAUCUUGCCCAAUGUGACUUUGGGCUAUCACAUCUUUGACUCUUGUGAUGAUGCACAAAAGUCACUGGAAGGAACGUUUAGUAUCCUAUCGGGGACACAACAACUCAUCCCAAAUUACAGCUGCUGGAAUAACAGGAAGGUUGUGGGCUUCAUAGGAGACUUAUCUUCUGUUUCUUCUCUGAGUAUGGCAUCACUCACAGGGAUUUACAGGUACCCUCAGAUCAGUUAUGGCUCCAGGGAUCCCGUGUUUAAUGACCGAGUACAGUUUCCUUCCUUCUACAGAACUAUCCCUGAUGAACUAUCUGAAAUCAAUGGGAUUGUAGAACUGAUUAAGCACUUUGGCUGGAAAUGGGUCGGGCUCAUUGUAUCUGAUGAUGAGAUUGGGCUUAGGGCAGAUGCACAGAGCUGCAUAAGGUGCUCAAAAGAUGAAAUGUCUAACAAAGAGAAGAAUGGCUGCAUCCCAAAGAAUAUAAACUUCCUAUCUUAUGAAGAUAUGUUGGGUGCAACCUUAUCCUUUAUCUCUGUAAUAUGUUCUAUUGCAUGUGCUGUAAUCCUGGGAAUCUUUAUAAAGUACCGCGAGACUCCUAUAGUGAGAGCCAACAACCGAUAUCUCAGCUGUCUCCUCCUCAUCUCUCUCAUGUUGUGUUUCCUCUGCACUUUAUUAUUCAUUGGGCGCCCAACUCAGAUAUGUUGUCUCCUCCGACACGUAACAUUUGGGAUUGUAUUUACUAUUUCUGUUUCUUCUGUGUUGGCUAAAACUCUCACAGUUAUUAUUGCCUUCAAUGCCACAAAGCCUGGGAGCAAGCUGAAGAAGUAUGUAGGAACCCAACUGGCCACCAUAUUAGUCAUUGUAUGUUCUUUGGGUGAAAGUAUAAUUUCCAUUGUAUGGUUGGCCUCCAAUCCUCCAUUCUCAGAAACUGAUUUUUUUUCAGAUCCAUAUUACAUUAUUCUACAGUGUAAUGAAGGAUCGGGUUCUUUCUUCUUCUGUAUAAUUGAAUAUAUAGGAACGUUGGCCCUACUGAGUUUCAUUGCUGCAUUUCUAGCCAAGGAUUUCCCUGACCGAUUUAAUGAGGCUAAAAACAUCACUUUCAGUAUGUUGGGGUUCUGUAGCGUGUGGGGGGCAUUUGUCCCUGCAUACCUGAGCAGUAAGGGCAGUAGAAUGGUGGCCAUCUUAUCCUCCAGUGCUGGAUUACUGGGCUGUAUAUUCAUUCCCAAGUGCUAUAUCAUAUUUCUUAGGCCUGAUAUAUAUAACUCAAAACAUACUAUUGUUAAAAAAUAA